ACGGAUCCGCGGUGAAGCACUUACCUUGGUCUUGAUACAGAGGAGGGAUUGCCUCGGUACAACAGUCAGCUCCGCUCGGAAACCUGCCUUGGCGACGCAUUCUUUCGGCGACGAUUGGAUAUUUCACGUCAUUUUCGCGCUGGAAGUUUGUCUUCGAAGUUGACAGUUUAAUGGUUGAAGAACAUCCCUCAGUUCGGGCUAAGUUGACCUGCUGGAUGUUUGAGGUUCCCGACCCACAAUGCACCCCUGGCCAAAGGUGGCCUGGGUCCUACUGCUGACGCUUCUCUCUGAUUGGCUGGAGAGUGCCCUGUGCCGUGACUUCUCUGUCAAGGACAUCGUCUUCCUCCAUCCAUCGACGACGCCUUAUCCUGGGGGUUUCAAGUGCUUCACCUGUGAGAACGCUGCAGACAACUUUGACUGCAACCGCUGGGCCCCGGACAUAUACUGCCCUCAAGAGACCAGGUACUGCUACACAGAGCACAAGAUGACAGAGGCCGGGGACAGUGUGACGGUGACCAAGCGCUGUGUGGCACUGGAGGAGUGUCUCUACACAGGAUGCACUGACGUACUGGAUGAAGGACACAAGGUGUGCACCUCUUGCUGUGAAGGAAACAUCUGCAACAUGCCGGUGCCGAGGAACGAGACCUCUGCUGUGUUUGCCACGGUCUCCCCCCUCAACAGGAGCAGCAGCCUCUUCCAGCAGUUCUGGGGCCUCUGGCUCUCUACUCUCCUCCUCAACAUCAUCAUCAUGAACAGCCACUCGUAAGGCUGUAGUCAUAUGGCUGGACUUGAGGCAACACUAUUUUUUUCUGGAGUUAAAGCAACACUAGAUUGUUUUUUUUCUGGGGUGGAAGCACUAGCAAGUAAUUUUUGGGAUGGAGUUAAAAGCACUAGUAGGCCAUUUUUUGGCUGGACUUUAAACAGUAGUAAGUCAUUCAUUCUUGGGCUACAGUUAACGCACUGUGUAUGUGGGACUUCCCGAGGACGGUGAGCUGCAGCUAAGGCUAGUUGGGAGUACAGCAAGAAGUAGUGGCACUGACAGCUUUGACUGGGCCUAGGACAUAGUCAUCUU